AUGAGACCUUUAUCGUUGAAAGGUCAUGAUCGUGCUCUCACUCGUGUGCGAUUCAAUCGUGAAGGAGAUCUACUAAUUUCUGCGGCUAAGAACAAGCAGCCAUGCUUGUGGUAUACGGAAAACGGUGAAAGAAUAGGAACCUAUGAUGGUCAUAAUGGUGUGGUUUGGGAUGUUGAUGUGUCGUGGGAUACAGCGAGACUGGGAACGGCGUCUGGAGAUAAUUCGAUUAGGUUCUGGGACUGUGAGACUGGCGUUGUGCUACACACGAUCAACACUCCAACUCCUGCGAAAUCAGUAAAUAUUUCGUUUUCGGGUCAUCUGCUUGCGUACACCACUCAGAAGAUGACGAAAAACCCAUCAGUGUUGUGCGUAGUGGAUACACGAGAUGAUCAGCAAAUGACUACCGACAGUCCUCUGUUCCGAACUCAUUUUGAGUUUGAUAACUCGGCGACAAUGUGUGUUUUUAGCGGAGCCACCGAUUGUGUCACCGUUGGAUUCGAAAAUGGUCACUUAUUACAAUACGAUCUGAAAACUAACGACGUGCCAUGCUUAUCCAAUGAAAAAGCUCAUAGGCGACCCGUCAAUUCUGCCUGUAUCUCACCGAUUCGUGAUCAUAUCUGUCUUGGAGGAGGAGAAGACGCCAUGCAAGUAACACAGACAGCUGUAUCUGCUGGCCAUUUCGAAGCAAAACUGUAUCAUAUGGUGUUUGAGGAAGAGUUCGCUAGGUUCAAGGGUCACUUCGGACCUAUAAAUACAAUGGCAUGGCAUCCGGCGGGUAACAUUAUUGCAACCGGUGGUGAGGAUGGUUACGUACGUGUGCAGGAGUUCGAUGACGACUAUCUUGAGUUCAAAUAUGAUUAUUAA